CCCAUCCCGUCUCAUCUGAUCCCCACAGAUGGAGCAGAUCAAGCGUGCCAACCGCCUCUACACCUCUGACACCAUCUUCCUCAAGCCGACACUCCUCAUCCCCAGGCGGCUCGGCCCCGAGGAGGAGGAAAAGGAGGAGGAGGAGGAAGGAGAUGCGGGCCCAGGGGCCGUCCUGGUCAGCCCCGCCACAUCCCGCCAUGAGCUCUCGGCUGCCGAUUUCCUCCGGCAGAUCGACGCUGAGAUCUGCCUCUCCAAGGCUGCAGCGACCCGCCGGCUCUGCGAGAGCAACACAAGAUGUGGAGCAACGUUCCAGGUGCCUGAGGGAGAUGGUGGAAGAAAGGGGACUGCCCUAAGAAGGUGCGUGUCAGAGCUUGGCGUGACACCCAAAGGCUGGUGGUGGGGAUGGGCGAGCGGAGCAGGUAAAGGUGCUGAAGCAUGGUCUGGCAGUCGAAGGAGCAUUGUCACAGCUGGGAGCUCUGUGGAGACCUGUGGCUGGCCAUGGAGGAUGGGCUCUGACUUGCAGUGUGGACACAGCUAAGUCCUGGGGCUGCCAUUGUAUGUGAGCAGGGCUGGGAGGUGGAAGGUGGUUGUCCCCUAGGUGCUUACUGGUAUCACUGGCUCUGGAUGUUGGCCCAUGGAGCUGAGGGACCAAAAAUAUUAAUUAUAAUGGACAUGAAUUAGUGUGUGUGGUGUUUCAGGUAGGUUCAGUGGAAGUGCAGCUUAGUGCAGUCCUGUGGAGCAAUUCUUGCACGUGCUCACAUUUGAAUGGUGGUUAAAACCAAGCUUAUAAACAGCAACUGUAGCUUGAUUCUGGUGUGUGUCUUCCUGUUCAGCUGUGCUUCUAAAUGAAGGGGAAACUUCUUAAGCUGUGGGCAAAACUCCUUGGCUUCUCUUUACUGUUCUCAUGCUUAUGUGUGCUUUGGGUUUCUUGCUUAAAGCUGAGGGUUAGGAGUUUUCACUUAAGGUUUAUUGUUUAGUUUGUUGUUGAGGGUCUCUCACUCAGGUUAUGGUUUAUUACUUUAUUUUGUGCGGCUCAGUCUUUAUCAUGCAGCAUUUACAGUUUGCUGACUUAGGGAUCAGGAUGCAGGAUUUAAAAUCCAAGCUCAUCCAUAAAUUUUGAAGUCUCGGCAACCAUUUGGGUUCCAAAUUUGCAGUUUGUCACUUAGCAUUCAGGGCUUAUGCCUCACUGAUAAAUGACAGGGGCUAAAUCCUUAGAUAAUAAAGUGUAAGCCCUGAAGCCUAAGCAGCAGGCUGUGAACUCUUCUUUGGGGUUUGUAACCUUCCCCUGUCCCCAGCGUUCAGCUCUGUGCACUGACCCAACAUCAGCAUUUGAUAUGGUGCAGGCCCAUCACACUGAGAGUGGCGAUGUGACAGGUGAGCUGAGAGCUGUGGAAGUGUCUUGCAGAGCUGUAGUUUGGGGUAGGGCAGAAGUGCAGACAGGCAAGAUCAGAGAUUAGACAUUUUCCUCUCACCUGUCAGAGCUGAAUCUUAUCCCUGGAGGAAAAAGCAGAGGGGGUGGGCUGUCGGCUACUCAGACACCUGCCACAUCAAGGGCAGCAGCAGGAGCUGACCCUUCUCCAACAGACUGACAAAUGCUGGUGUGGUGACGACUCUUCAGGUGUCACGGGGUAAGGGGAAGCAUGCUGGCACUGAGCUCCAUGGCAGACUCACUCGCAGUUGUUGCUUCUGUGUAGUAAAACAAUAAACAGUUGCUUUAUCCUUUGCACUCA